GAAUAUUUUAUAUUUCAUUGUUUAUUAUUCUUAUAUGAAUUUUAUGAUUCACAGUUUGUUUUAUUUAAUUCUGUUGUUUUCUGAUAUACAUAUAUUUAUUAAGUACAAUUAAUUCUUGUAAAUUCGUUAAAAUGAGAUCGAUAUGAAGUUGUGUUCAGUGAAUGUUGCAGAAUUAAAUUUAAAAGUACUGCGAUUUAAAAAUAGUUCCAGAGCCAGAGUCAUGUUACUUAAUCUACUAACAUCCUACUUUAUUUUAAAUGGUUCUAUAAUUAAAGCAUUGCAUAUUCCCACCAGAGGUAGACUGUCUUCCGUAUAGUUACAGUUGCACGUUUGUCAUUAAAUUAGAUGUUUUGUUAAAAGUUUAUUUGUUUUUGUGUCGCAAUUUGCCAGUCUGAGAUCACCGUUUAAUAACGCAAAAAAAUGAACGAAGAAUCGAAAUGCGACAUUUGUGCGAAACCUGCUUUACAAAAAUGUGGUGGUUGUCAUAUUGUUUAUUAUUGUUCAAAAGAACAUCAGAAAAAUGGUUGGAAACAACAUAAGAGACAAUGCAAACCAUUUAAGGUUUGCCAGGAUGAUAUUUUGGGGCGGUACGUUGUAGCAACCAGAGACAUCAAGGCUGGGGAAAUUGUACUUCAAGAACCGGCCCUAAUAUGGGGCCCAUCCCAAACUUCCGUACCAGUUUGUUUAGGUUGCGGUAAUGCAAUUACUGAAAAGAACUGUAAACCAUGCACAAAAUGUGGAUGGCCAAUGUGCAGCGAGACUUGUGAAAAGGCACCUGCACAUAUUCCGGAAUGCAGAUACACAGUUCUAAGAGGAGACAAAGUGACGGUGAAAAACUUUGGAAUCAUUCAUCCGAUAUAUCAGUGCAUAACGGUUUUACGUUGCCUUUAUCAGAAACAAUUUUUGCCAGAUGUGUGGAAAAAAUUGGAGAAGCUAGAAAGUCACUGUGAAGAGCGCAAAAGGAGUCCUAAGUACGAAAAUGAAAGGAUUACUGUGGGUCAAUUUAUUUUAAAAUUUUUUAAAUUAGAAAAUACGUUCACUGAGGACGAGAUAAUGAAAAUAUGUGGAAUUUUGAUGGUUAACGGUCAUGAAAUUCCUCUAUCAGAUCCCCCACACGUAGGUCUUUUUCAUUCGUGCUCAAUGUUUGAGCAUAAUUGUAGACCUAAUUGUAAAAAGAGUUUCACAAAUAAAGGCGAAAUUCUUAUAAGUUCAGGCAUAAAAAUCGAAAAAGGUCAGCACUUAAGUAUAUGCUACACGGAUCCUUUAUGGGGUACUCCAAACAGGAGGUAUCAUUUGUUCCAAACGAAGUUCUUCUGGUGUAAAUGCGAAAGAUGUUGCGAUGUUACAGAAUUUGGGACAAACUUUAGCACUAUGAAAUGUCAAAAUAGUGAGUGUAAUGGUUAUUUAUUGCCAAAAUCUUUCAUCGAUGAUGAAGAAAACGGAAAGAUAGUCGACUGGAAGUGUAGUAAAUGUCCAGGCUUCAUGAAUGCUUAUUCUAUUCAGGACAUAAUGGAAAGGGCAGGAAAAGAUUUAUCACUGCUGGAAAAAGGAAAUUCAAAUAGUUGCAAAGAUUUCAUCAGCACCUAUGAGUCUUACUUACAUCCUAACCAUUAUUAUAUGACCGACGUAAAAAUUGCAUUAACACAAAUUUUAGGACAGGAAUAUGAAGGUGGUCUACCCAACUUAUCUGAUGAUGAUUUACUUUUGAAGGCCAAUUUGUGUCAAGGAUUAAAUAAUAUGCUUAAAAUAUUAAUACCAGGUGAAAGUAGAGUAAGAGGGCUUUUGUUAUUUGAAUUGCAUGCAGCCAUAGCUGAAAUAGGCAGAAGAAAGGCCUUGGUAGAUCCAGAUGAACUUCAUAGGACACUUUUAGAAUCGAAAAGAAUAUUGCUGGAGGCUGCUGAUCUUCUCAAAUUUGAACCUGAUUGUUUACCAGAAGGUAAACUUUACAAACAGGCACAAAUGAAUUUGUUGCAAAUUGAACAUGUUUUAAAGACUGUGCACAAGACAUUUGGCGAUACCAUGAACUGAUUUUAUUUGUAUAAUAUACUAUAAUAAAACGUUGUGUUUUGAA